UGUAUUCGUCAAUUACCUUCAGUACCAGGAUCCUUCCGGGCGUCUGGACGAAAGACAGCGGCCCAGAGGGAGUACAAAAGCUCAAGGAGAGAAAUUUACUCCUCCUUGGAGUCUAGAGGAUGCCUGUGGGAACUCGGAUCCCUCGUUGCAGGAGGCGUCUGUUCCAAAUGAACAGAAGCCAGCUGGACCAGCAAGUCAGCGUCCUUAAUAGGCUUGAAGUCCUCGAGAUCAGCCCCUAGAUUAGAUUCUCCCUCGCAGCGCAUGGAUAGCAGACGGAAGAGUUCCUCGAAAAGGGCUAGGCUGCGUCGUAGCUCCUUGUGUUUGGAUUUAAGGACGGAAAAGCGUGUGAUGUCUGGGCCGAUAUCGUACUCGCAUGCGGUACGACCUCUGCUGUCGCACAAGAAGCAGAUAAAACCUCGGCCGUCGCAUUUCGACUUUCUCUACCGGCACCAACUGCAAGUAAUCUGAAUCUGAGCCCGGCGUCUUGGUGCAUAAGAGUUGGUCCCUGUGGCGGAUUGCUGGCUCGACCCUCGCUCUGAGAAGGUGACGUUGGCAGGUAGUCAGCCAACAGACAAAAGCUUGCGCUGUGGUUUCGCUGUGAUGUAUUGCACAGGCCCGUGAGUAGGCCUAGCUAGCCGCAGCCAGUUUUGCUGCGACGAGUUGGCAAUAGAUAGGGACGUAGUAAGAAGAGAAGAUGGACAAGCAAGGACAUGGAAUGACAAGUGAGUACCAGUCGCAAAGGAGGGCUGAGGUAGAUCGUC